AAGAACACUUUAUUAUGAAGGUCAUAUGCGGAUACGUGCCUUGUACAAAUAUUCUGACUUGAUGCCAUCUGACGCUCUUUUCAUUUCAAGAGUGUAACAGUACAAACAUUUGCCAGUAAUGUGGCGUGGACGUUCAGUGUGCGUGGUUAUGUUGGCGCUCGCCGUAGGCCUGUACCUGCUGCCUUCACCCAUCGACCCCAAGCCGCACGUGCUUCCAGGUCCUCCCCCAGCCCUUGAAGGUCCGCUGGCCGCCAAUACGCGCUUGCAGAAAGGCCAUCGACUCUUUGAGGGGAAAUUACACGGUCCAGAAUCCUUUGAUGCUGACAAAGAGGGGAACGUGUACACAGGGACGGUGGACGGGAAGCUGUGGCGAAUCGGACCGGACGACAGUCUGACCUUCAUCACACAAAUGGGGCGCGACUUGCCUGAAUGCGGCAGCGGCACACAUUUUGAGCCGGCGUGCGGCCGUCCUCACGGCGUGCGUCUGGAUCGCCACGGCAACCUGAUUGUGGCCGACGCCUACUUGGGACUGUACAGCGUGGACCCGCGCAGCGGACGCAAGACGCUGCUGGUGGCCAACUCGCAAGGCGCUGACGGCGUCCCCUUCGCCUUCCUGAAUGGCCUGGAAAUCUCUUCCCAAACGGGGAUCAUCUACUUCACCGACUCCUCCAGUCGCUGGGGACGCAGACAUGUUAAGCUGGAGGUGAUGGAGCUGAACCGCCUCGGUCGCCUUCUGUCCUACGAGCCCGAGACGGGCCGAGUGAGCGUCCUGCUGGACUCCCUCUACAUGGCCAACGGCCUGGCGCUGGACCCCAACGGUCGAUUCCUCCUCCUGGCCGAGACCAGCGUCGCGCGCAUACUCAAGUACUGGUUGCGAGGUCCGAAGGCGGGCACGGCCGAGACGGUGCUGGACAACAUGAUCGGUUACCCGGACAACAUCCGCGCGAGCAGGCGCGGAACCUUCCUGGUGGGCAUCACUACGCCGCGGUUGCGCUCCUUCCUGCCUCCCUUCCUGGACGCCUUAGCGCCGUACCCCUCCGUCAAACGCUUCCUGGCCAAGGUGGUCCCGCUGAGCUGGUACGAGGUCCUGCUGCCGCGCUACGCUCUCGUUCUGGAGCUGGACGCGGACGGACGUCCGGUGGGCUCCAUGCACGACCCUGAGGGACGCCUGACGUGGGCCAUCAGCGACGUGUUCCAGCACGGCGGACGCACCUUCCUGGGGAACACCGACUUGCCCUUCCUGCCCGUCGUCACCCUCGACUCGUGAUGGCGACGCCGUUGACACGCCAACUCAUUUCGGACUGGAAGAGAAAUAACCUUAAAAAAAAACCGGAAACAAACUUCCGUGGAGGAUGCAGGUUGGUUCCGUGUUCUAAGCAUCACUGUGGAAAGUCCAUUUAACACUAGUUGCCUUCUGAUGGGGGAUUCUUGAGCCAUCGCUUUUUAUUGGUACGUACUCGUAUCUUUGAUGACAAAAGCGUUCAGGCCAUCUCCGCGGCAGUGAGCUUCUGUUGCGUGUACUUGUAUUUGUCAGUGUUCCGGAGCGCCACCACAUGGUGAAAAAUGUGUACUACUCAUGUCUAACGUGAAGCUGUUUCUAAUUUUCAGACCUGAGAUGGGACAUCAAAGUUUUCUUUUGAUUUAUUUUACUGAAACAAUAAACCACGUGACGUCUUGAUAGAUUAAA